GCCUUCACUUGCCCCCAAAAACACACUCGCAUAUCCACCACCGCCUCCUCCGUCCUGCGUAUCUGAUCGAAAGGGAGAGAGGGAAGCUGAUGAUGAAGUAAACGAGAAAAGGGCAGCAGCACGAGGGGGGGUUCUUGUUUUCUUAUGAGCGGAAAAGGCGUCAUACCGGGCGCAGAGCGCAGCGCGGAGGACGUAAGAGAGGGAGACGCAUCACGGCGAGGGAGAUAGAAAAAGACGGAGGGAGGAGGCGACAUCGGAUCGUAAACACGACAGAAAACGGCGAGGAGGACUGACAGAGAGCGGCGAUCACCGUCUCCACUGCCGACCCCCGUGUCCCUCCUCAUCUCUCCAUCUCCAUCCCUUUUCUGCGCCGUUUGGCUCAUCCCUUCGCACAAGCAAAUCAUCCGGAUUUUGUUGUUGAUUUUCAUAAUUGUUUUCUGGACAAACCUCUGCUCGGUCUAUUGUAGGCAAGUUAGGAGGCUGUGCCAUAGCCUAGGACCGACGGGAUCCACUGUAGGUCCUGCUCUGGACGGUCAUCGGCGCAACCAAUUCGGUGGAUAAAACCGGAGGUGGGGGGUACGUGGGGGGGUAGAUGACUGUCGAGUAACCCAGCUGAAGCACACAGAGAGAGAGAGAGAGAGAGAAAGAGAGACCCCGGCCCCCGGUUAUCACGGAGACCCCAGCAUCAUCAGUGCGAUGGCAUAGCGGCUUCUGCAGCAAAGCUACCAGAUCAGCAGGGCUCUCAUCCACCAUGAACCUCUAAAAGACAUCCGACACAGGCACAGAUGGGCAGCCUCGCAGGGGAGAGGAAGGUUGCCACAAUAGACCGGAAACGACUGGUGACAUGAGCACAUUGGAAUAAUUUCUUCAAUCAUGUCCGGGCUUAGACGUGCCCGGGCCAGCAGUCCACAGCAAGCACCCACACAAUGUCUGCGGUUAUUGUGUUUGAUGAAAAUGCGGCGGCACAGGGUGUUCUUGUUCUGCACAGUGGGCCUGUGCGUCAUCUCCUUCCUCCACUACUACAAGGCCCUCCACUACGUCUCCCUGCUGCGCGAGCUCUCCGCCCCGUACCCCAACAUAAAGUCCUUCAUCAUGGUCACCGGCUUCUUCUGGCGGGAGAAAGGUGUGGGCACCACCCCGCUAAGCCCCGCCUUCCCUGAGGAGGCCCCUCCCCUACCUGGUCUCCGCCCGUCAGACACAAAAGCUAGAGUCGUGGCGAGCGCUGUUGGAGGAGGAGGAGGAGGAGGAGGAGGAGGUGGAGAGAUGGGCUUGGGGAUUGGGGGAGACAUGGUUGGAGGUGCUGGGAUUGUUGGCAGCCCAGGGCUGGAGACGAAGAGAGGUGGGGAGCCGGCGCCCCCUCGCCCUUGGGAGAAACUAGUGGUUCACCAGAGGGAGGACACUCUGAAUGAGGAGAGAGCUGAAGACCACUUGAAGCAGGGAAAUCCCAGCCACCUAGACCAUGCCGGGCCCAACCUCCCAGAAAUCCCAGUAGUGGGAAAAGAGCAUCCUUUAGAAAUAAUGGGCGACCUCCACACUGUCUCUUACACGCUUCAAGAUGACAAAACACCGUACUUUAUCCAAACCAAAGUUGGAGCCCGUUGUUUUAAGCAGGGGACUGAGGUGGCUACACAAAAGGAGUACUCUGGGAAAUCAGGGGGGUCUGUGGCUAAGGGAGUAGUGGACGGUGCUCGAGCAGUUGGGCAAAGGAAACCUCUGGAGGUCCAGCAGCAGCCCUCCAUAGCUCCAAAAGCCAAGACCAAGGCCAGGGGCAAUGGGAAGCGACUGGUAAAGUGUGUAUGUCGGCCGGGAUGGCAUGGACCUUACUGUGGGGUUCCCACCAUGGUGUAUCAUUCCAAUUUGCCCACCAAGGAGCGGCUGACGCCCAGAGACACCCCGCGGAGGGUGAUCAACGCCAUCAACGUUAACCACGAGUUUGACCUGCUGCAUGUACGCUUUCAUGAGCUUGCCCAAGCAGUUGAUCUUUUCCUCAUCUGUGAAUCCAACUUUACUGCUUAUGGAGAGAGACGGCCUCUGAGUUUCCUGCGGCUCCUUCUCAAUGGUACGUACGACUACAUACGUCACAAGAUCCUGUACGUGUUCCUCGAUCACUUCCCAGAGGGCGGUCGGCAGGACGGCUGGAUCGCUGAUGACUACUUGCGUACCUACCUGACACGCAAUGGCUUGUCCAGGGUGGUGGGCAUAAGGUCGGACGACGUCUUCGUCAUCAACGACGCGGAUGAAAUCCCAGCACAUGAGGGCCUCCUUUUCCUCAAGCUGUUUGAUGGCUGGACGGAGCCUUUCGCCAUCCAUAUGCGCAAGUCACUGUAUGGUUUUUUCUGGAAGCAGUUUGGCUCUCUAGAGGUGGUAUCAGGCUGCACAUUGGGGAUGCUCCGGGACGUCUAUGAGAGCGACGGCAUCAAGCUCCGCCGACGCGAAUACUACACCAUGCCGGGUUUCCGCAAGUACGAGAACGACACAGGCCACAUCCUGGUGCAGUGGUCAGUGGGGAGCCCCUACCACUUUGCUGGGUGGCACUGCUCCUGGUGCUUCACGCCCGAGGGGAUCUACUUCAAGCUGGUGUCGGCUCAGAACGGAGACUUCCCACGGUGGGGUGACUAUGAGGACAAGCGUGACCUCAACUACAUCCGCGAUCUGAUCCGGACGGGGGGCUGGUUUGAUGGCUCCCUGCAGGAAUACCCCCCUGUGGACCCCAAAGAGCACAUGUAUGCCCCCAAGUACAUGCUGGAGCACUAUAAAAAGUACCAAUACCUACUGGAGAACCCUUACAAUAAAGAAUUCCAGACUGAGUGAGGUCUAAAGGUUUAGUGAGGUAAAGGACCGCUAAAUAACUAAUAGGACCCAAAUAUGGCCUCAGCAUUUAGUUUUGGGGGACAGAAUGGUGUUGGUGAACAACAUUUCUCAUUGGAGAAAUACUACAUGUAUCUACACCAGGCAGCACUGAUGUUGCAGGGACUCAAAAUCUCUUAAAGUCAUUAUUUUGGGGUCAAAAAAGGGAACACUGAAUCGCAGCCACCAUGGAUUUAUGGCCAGAGAAGGUUACAAACACUGGAUAAACAAAAUCAUGCAUUUUCUCAUUCCUUCCUUUCUGGGGGAGGAGCCAAUCAAUCUUUUGGGGGGGUCCACCACCCCCCGCACUCUUCUCUUUGGCGUGGCUGCCAUCUGAAAGAAAGGGGCCACCUCAAAGUAAAGCGAGGGAUUUUUCCCAAUGUUCCCACUUCACUCUCCCGCUCCGGAUGUCUUCCUGUCAUACUUGGUGACCUCCUUCCAGAAACAGAUACACGUUCAGAUAUUACGUUAUUCUUCGGUCUCAGUAGAAAAGUUGGAAUCCUAUCAAAACCCGCUGGAGUACCCACUGCCAAAUCAAAAGGAAUGACUCGAUGGAGAUGCCUCCGCUCGUUCAUGUGCUCACACUCAUCCACAUGCACCUUAGACCUGUCUUUGUGUUUGUGAAAAAAAAGUGUGUGUGUGUUUGUGGUCUGUCUUUGUAUUGUAUUAAGAGGUUUUGGGCUAUGAAGGGAAUACGAGAGCAGCUAGAGAAAACAGAAAGAGAGAAAGAAUCAUCGGGGGGGACGGGGAAGAAAGACAGCGAGAUGGGAAAACAGCACAAGCGAGACAGAAGGCAGGGAAGAAAGGAGAGUAAUAAGGGGGGAAGAAAGCGGUGGUGAAGUGGAAAGAAAAGGAGGCUCUCUCGACUUUCCCCUUUCCCACAGUGUCUGCUGACGCACAGUGUUAUAGGAAUGAGAGUGCAGAAUGUGUCUCCCUCAGAGCUUACUGACAGCUCUGAAUAAAUCUUGCCCUGUCGAUGGCGUCCGAGACAGAUGCCACUCGCCGUUAUUGUUUGUCCGAUGAGAACAAUCAAGACCAGAUGGGGAAAGAUCACCCUUCACUUUCAUCUUUUUGUCCAUCUAGCUGCAGAGAUGACUUUGUUUCCUUGGAAACCAAAGUAUGUGAAGAAAGGAGAAGGGAUGGGUGUUGUUAAGAUGAGUGGGUGGGUUAACAUCCGGCAAGGAGCUGCAGCAUUCAAACGAGGUCAGCGCCGACUGUGGGUCUCCUCAGUUAAAUAUUCCUCAGCCCACUCUCUGAAAAUAGCUCUUCCAAGUUUGUUUUUCUGUUCCUUCUAUGUUGGUUUUCUCUUAAUCCUCCUUCACAGGGAAUAUGUUUUCUCUCCUCAGUUCAGUUAUUGUUCUUUUUCUUUACCCAUACCUCUCUCUGUCAAAAAUGUUGAAAUCUUCAGCUCUCCCUCUAACUUUCCCUCAACAACGGAACACACACACACACACACACACACACACACACACACACACACACACACACACACACACACACACACACACACACACACACUGGCUCUCACACUCCAUUUUUGGUGUGUAUCUAUUUCCCUCUUAAUCCUAACAAGAAUGUCUCAUAUUAAUAAUAAGGAUAUAUUCAUCUUCUCUACACCUCAUUUAUCUCCCCGUCUCUACAGGACAGGACAGGGCAGCCGUUACCAUAGCGAUGCUUUCCCUGUGCCCACAGAUCCCUAUUAUCUAAACAUUUAGGCAUUAGCGCUCAUGCCUCUUGCCUUCUCCCUGCCGUAGACUGCUGUCAGUGUGGCUAGUUGGGGAUGGUGUGGACAAUUAGGCGAGCAUACUUUUGUCUGUGGGUGUUUUGUGUUGGUUGAGGCCUGCGUGGGCCUGGGUUUUAUUCUUAUUAAAGACAGGGGAAUCCUAGCAGAACAAUUAACAAUGCUAGGGAACAGUUGCGAUGGAAGCUAAGCAUGUAGAAGACAGACUUUUUUAGUAAGAAAAACACAUAGACUUUUCUUUUAAUUGCAUCCACCAUCUGCUUCUUCCAUGCCUGUCUGGCUUUAUAGUUAUUGUCUACCUCAGCUUCAGGCAAGAUGCUGUUUUAGAGUGAGCAAUGCCUCAAGAGAAAUACAGUCAAAUGUUUUUAGAGGGAAACUUGACUUAAAGUUACUGAGGAGUGAAGAUAACUUAUUUUACAGUAAAAAAAAAAAAACCUAAAGGAAAAAGUUACGGCUUUAAUUUCAUUUGCAAACAAGAAAUCGACAUAUAACAUCAGAAUGCAGAAUGCUAAACUAGUGUGAGCACACACACACCACUCGGUCACCGUGCUGGCUCUUCAUGACUGGGAGUUUGUUGGGAAAAAGCAGAUUAGCCAACAGGCCGCUGACAGUUGCGUCGGAUCAGAGCUGUUCCCUCGAUGGUAGCGUGGUCUGCGGCGGCAGCUGUUAGGGUUUUGGUGUUGGUGUCGAGAGCCAAACUCACAUCCAACCCCAGAGGGGCUGCUGGGGAUCUAGCUUUAAAUAGGAUUUUACAUCAUAUGACAGAGGAGACAACAACAAUGCUGGAUGUGAAGCUUUUUUUUUUGCCUUUUGAAUUGACAAUGCUUGAUAUUGAUUGAUGGAACAAAUUGAAUACAGAUGAUGCAUUUUAAAGGGAGGUGUGUAACUUUGAGGUCUGGCUUAACAGAGCAGUGUAGUAGUGUAUGUUGUGUAUUUUAGCUAUGUUAAAUUAUCAAUUCAGACCAUUAGCCAAAAUGAAUGGCUGUGAACCAUUUAAAAUGAAUUCAGUUUGUUAGUUAGUCAUCUACUCUGUUUUUUAGCCGAUUUUGUGUCCACGCUAGAAAAACAUGUAUAUUUUAAAAUUCAUCCACUCCUGAAUUUAUUUUUUGAAAUGUACUUUAUGAGCUUUUCUAGCAGACAUUUAAUGAUGAAUGCUGGUGUCAGCAGUUGACAUGAAUCUGACCACUGUAUCUAAUUUGACGUACAAAGAAAGAACCAAAACAUGCCUAAACAUCCUCAAACUUCAAGCGCUCAAACCUUAACCAACAUGGCUGUUUAUAGAAAAAAAAUUGAAUAAUUAGUUAAAUCAUAUUUUGAAUUACAUACUGGGUAUGUGUUCAAUCCCAUCAAGGGCUGGGGAUUGUGUUUGUGUAUAAGCUCUGCCAAGAGGCGUUUAACCAGAGUUAACUCCCAACUCGCAGCCUGCUGCAAUCGGGCUGCACAUCUGGUGAACAGUGUGUAUGUCACGUGGGAGGCAGUUUGUGUUUGCAUAUCUGUACGUGUGCUAUGCAUUUUUUAAAUGUGUGUGUAUGUGUGAUACUGAGUGACUCAUGCCAGAUAAGGGUGUCUAGGCUGCUGAAAGGCAAGCCAGGGUUACUUCACUUGGCCUGUUGCCCCGUUACCGUCAUGGCAACAAACCUCUUGAUAAAUUUCUGAGAUCCCUUAGAGCCUGAAGUCAUCAACCAAGAUGGCGAACCAACAGGAUAAGACGGGAGGGAGAGCAGAGGGAGGAUGUUUCAAGAUAACCACAAAUGUGAAACCUGCACGCAGCAAAAACCAUUAACCAGCACAUCGUCUUUUUUGCAAGUGUGAUUGGUUUGACUCAUCACAGCAAGCAGACAAUUUGCAUGUGGAGCAGAAAAAGUAGACGGAAAAACACU